AUGUCGCACCACCCCACCAUCGAGCCCCUGCACGCUCCCGGCCGCGCCGCCGUCGUCCAGCGCCAGCGCAACGUCUCUGGCCCCGUUAACCGUGAGUUUUGUAAAGGUGUGUGUAACUCACAACCAGCCAACGACGUGAUCCCCGGCCAAACCGUCGACCCCGCCGUCCCCGGCGCCGCCAUGGGACAGAAGGCGCUGCUCGCGAAGAAGAUGGCGCAGGCCAACUCCAAGCCGACCGUCUCGCCGACGGACCAGCACGACUCGCCGACGACGCGGAAACUCAAGAACGUCAAGGAGCGGCACUUCGCCCCGGGCGCCAAGGGCAAGACGCCGGCCAUGCAGCGCAUGGCUGGACUGAUGGACGAGAACUCGCCCCCUUCAUAA